UAGACCCGCCUCCUCCUCGCUCGUGUCCCGUCUUCCCCGUCGUUCCGGAGGAGAACCCGAAAGGGUUUUUCGGAUCCUUCGGAUCGCAGGAAGGCGGUCUCGGCCGGAAGCCCCGACCCCAUCGCCAUGACUUCCGCCAACGCUCCCAUCGCCAUGCGGGAAGCUCUCACGCUUCCCAGUCUCGGAAUCAAUCCUCAAUUCAUCACCUUUACGCAUGUGACCAUGGAAUCGGACAAGUACAUCUGCGUUAGGGAGACAUCUCCGCAGAACAGCUUGGUAAUCGUCGAUAUGAGCAUGCCCAUGCAGCCGUUGAGGAGGCCGAUCACGGCAGACUCAGCUUUGAUGAAUCCCAACGCCAGGAUUCUGGCUCUUAAAGCACAAAUACAGGGAACCAUGCAGGAUCAUCUACAGAUUUUCAAUAUUGAACAGAAGACUAAAAUAAAAUCUCAUCAGAUGCCUGAGCAGGUUGUCUUUUGGAAGUGGAUUAACCCAAAAAUGUUGGGGCUAGUUACACAAGCUUCAGUCUAUCACUGGUCAAUUGAAGGUGACAGUGAGCCUGUUAAGGUGUUUGAUAGGGCAGCUAACUUAACAAACAAUCAAAUCAUCAACUAUCGGUGCGAUCCCUCAGAAAAAUGGCUUGUUCUCAUUGGAAUUGCACCUGGAGCUCCUGAGAGACCCCAACUGGUGAAAGGAAAUAUGCAGCUUUUUUCAGUGGAACAGCAGCGCAGUCAGGCACUUGAAGCACAUGCUGCAUCUUUUGCAACAUUUAAGGUUGUUGGAAAAGAAAACCCCUCCACUCUCAUUUGUUUUGCCUCAAAGACCACUAACGCUGGACAGAUUACCUCUAAGUUGCAUGUGAUUGAACUGGGAGCCCAACCAGGUAAACCAGGCUUCACCAAGAAACAGGCAGAUUUAUUUUUUCCACCAGAUUUUGCUGAUGAUUUCCCAGUGGCAAUGCAGAUCUCACAUAAGUAUAGUUUGAUAUAUGUGAUCACGAAGCUUGGUCUGUUAUUUGUAUAUGAUCUUGAAACAGCAACAGCAGUGUACAGAAAUAGAAUUAGUCCAGAUCCUAUAUUCUUGACCGCGGAGGCUUCAACAAUUGGUGGAUUUUAUGCUAUUAAUAGGAGAGGACAGGUUUUAUUGGCUGCUGUUAAUGAAGCAACCAUUGUGCCGUUUGUCAGCAGUCAAUUGAAUAAUCUGGAGCUUGCUGUUAGCCUUGCUAAAAGAGGAAAUCUUCCAGGGGCAGAAAAUUUGGUUGUGCAGAGGUUCCAAGAAUUGUUUUCCCAGACAAAAUACAAGGAGGCUGCCGAACUAGCUGCUGAAUCUCCACAAGACAUCCUGAGAACUCCGGAGACUGUGGCAAAAUUUCAAAGUGUUCCUGUGCAAGCUGGACAGACACCUCCUCUUCUACAGUACUUUGGAACAUUGUUAACCAGAGGAAAACUAAAUGCCUUUGAGUCUUUGGAGUUAUCUCGCCUUGUUGUAAAUCAGAACAAAAAGAAUCUAUUGGAAAAUUGGUUGGCUGAAGACAAGCUUGAGUGCAGUGAAGAACUGGGGGAUCUUGUCAAGACUGUCGACAAUGAUCUAGCACUAAAAAUCUAUAUAAAAGCAAGGGCUACCCCAAAAGUUGUUGCUGCUUUUGCUGAACGAAGAGAGUUUGACAAGAUACUUAUCUAUUCAAAGCAGGUGGGAUACGUGCCAGAUUACCUUUUCCUUCUGCAAACAAUUUUAAGGUCAGAUCCUCAGGGAGCAGUUAAUUUUGCUCUUAUGAUGUCUCAAAUGGAGGGUGGCUGUCCAGUGGAUUAUAAUACAAUUACUGAUAUCUUUCUUCAGAGAAAUAUGAUCCGAGAGGCAACUGCCUUUUUGUUAGAUGUCUUAAAGCCAAAUCUACCUGAGCAUGCCUUUCUUCAAACUAAGGUUCUGGAGAUCAAUUUGGUGACAUAUCCUAAUGUUGCAGAUGCUAUAUUAGCUAAUGGAAUGUUUACUCAUUAUGAUCGUCCUCAAAUAGCUCAGCUAUGUGAAAAGGCUGGCCUAUAUAUGCGAGCCCUUCAGCAUUACACAGAGCUGAUUGAUAUUAAGCGUGUCAUCGUGAAUACCCAUGCCAUUGAGCCACAGGCACUUGUGGAGUUCUUUGGGACCCUUUCCAGAGAGUGGGCUUUAGAAUGCAUGAAGGACCUUUUGCUUGUGAAUUUGAGAGCAAACCUUCAGAUAAUUGUUCAGACUGCCAAAGAAUAUUCUGAGCAGUUAGGUGUGGAUGCUUGUAUUAAACUAUUUGAGCAAUUUAAGUCCUAUGAAGGCCUUUACUUCUUCUUAGGAUCAUACUUGAGUUCCAGUGAAGAUCCAGAUAUACACUUUAAGUAUAUUGAGGCAGCAGCCAAAACUGGUCAAAUCAAAGAAGUUGAACGUGUAACAAGAGAAUCCAACUUCUAUAAUCCAGAGAAAACAAAGAAUUUCCUGAUGGAAGCCAAACUUCCUGAUGCAAGGCCUUUGAUAAAUGUUUGCGACCGUUUUGGUUUUGUUCCUGAUUUAACUCACUUUUUGUACACAAACAAUAUGCUUCGAUAUAUUGAAGGUUACGUCCAGAAAGUGAACCCAGGUAAUGCACCUUUAGUGGUGGGACAGCUGCUAGAUGAUGAGUGUCCUGAAGAUUUUAUAAAAGGUCUGAUUCUUUCUGUCCGUUCUCUCCUUCCAGUUGAGUCUCUUGUGGUUGAAUGUGAGAAGAGGAACCGUCUGCGGCUACUCACACAAUUUCUGGAACAUCUUGUGAGUGAAGGAAGCCAAGAUGCACAUGUUCACAAUGCUCUAGGAAUGAUCAUCAUAGACAGCAAUAAUAACCCAGAGCAUUUUCUGACUACAAAUCCGUAUUAUGAUUCACGUGUAGUGGGUAAAUAUUGUGAAAAGCGGGACCCCACGCUUGCAGUUGUUGCAUACAGACGAGGUCAAUGUGAUGAUGAACUAAUAAAUGUCACUAAUAAAAAUUCAUUGUUCAAGUUACAGGCUAGAUAUGUUGUUGAAAGAAUGGAUGCUGAUCUAUGGGAGAAAGUUCUUGUUCCUGAAAAUGAAUACAGAAGGCAGUUUAUUGAUCAGGUUGUUUCUACUGCAUUGCCUGAAAGCAAGAACCCGGAGCAAGUCUCUGCAGCUGUUAAGGCUUUCAUGACUGCUGAUCUUCCUCAUGAACUGAUCGAAUUACUUGAAAAGAUUGUGCUCCAGAAUUCAGCCUUUAGUGGGAAUUUCAAUCUGCAAAACCUUUUGAUCUUAACUUCCAUCAAAGCAGAUCCAUCUAGGGUCAUGGAUUACAUAAAUAGAUUGGACAACUUUGAUGGCCCUGCAGUGGGUGAGGUGGCAAUUGAAGCUCAACUGUUCGAGGAAGCCUUUGCCAUUUUUAAAAAAUUCAACUUAAAUGUGCAGGCUGUUAAUGUCCUCCUGGACAACAUCCAAAGCAUAGAGCGGGCUGUAGAAUUUGCAUUCCAUGUAGAAGAAGAUUCUGUAUGGAGUCAGGUGGGCAAAGCUCAAUUACGGGAAGGGUUAGUAAGUGAAGCAAUUGAGUCAUUUAUUCGAGCGGAUGAUGCUACUCAGUUCCUAGAUGUUAUUCGGGCUGCAGAAGAUUCAAACAUUUACCAUGACUUGGUGAAAUACUUAUUGAUGGUAAGGCAAACGGUCAAGGAACCAAAAGUGGAUAGUGAACUCAUAUAUGCUUAUGCAAAGAUUGAUAGGCUGGGUGAAAUUGAGGAAUUCAUUCUGAUGCCCAACGUUGCUAAUCUCCAAAAUGUUGGAGAUCGCUUGUUUGAUGAUGCCCUUUAUGAAGCUGCCAAGAUCAUAUUUACUUUCAUUUCCAACUGGGCAAAGCUAGCUAGUACGUUGGUCAAGCUCAGACAGUUCCAGGGUGCAGUGGAUGCUGCUCGAAAAGCAAAUAGCUCAAAGACAUGGAAGGAAGUCUGUUUUGCUUGUGUUGAUGCUGAGGAAUUCCGCUUGGCACAAAUUUGUGGUUUAAAUAUCAUCAUCCAGGUGGAUGACUUGGAAGAGGUCAGUGAUUAUUAUCAGAACAGAGGCUGCUUUAAUGAGUUAAUUUCUCUCAUGGAAAGUGGCCUUGGAUUGGAACGCGCACACAUGGGUAUUUUCACGGAGUUAGGAGUCUUGUAUGCUAGAUAUCGACCAGAGAAACUUAUGGAGCACAUUAAACUUUUUUCGACUCGCCUUAAUAUUCCCAAGCUUAUCCGUGUUUGUGAUGAGCAACAGCAUUGGCAGGAGCUUACCUAUCUGUAUAUUCAGUAUGAUGAGUUUGACAAUGCCGCCACAACUAUUAUGAACCAUUCUCCAGAUGCAUGGGAUCACAUGCAAUUUAAAGAUGUAGUUAUUAAAGUUGCAAAUGUUGAGCUCUAUUACAAGGCAGUGCAUUUCUACCUGCAAGAACAUCCAGACCUGAUUAAUGAUCUUUUGCAUGUACUUGCUCUUCGUGUGGACCACACUCGUGUUGUAGAUAUUAUGCGGAAGGCUGGUCACUUGCAUCUUGUCAAGCCAUACAUGGUUGCAGUUCAAAGUAACAAUGUAGCUGCAGUUAACGAGGCACUAAAUGAAAUUUAUGUCGAGGAGGAGGACUAUGACAGGCUACGGGAAUCAGUUGAUACGCAUGACAACUUUGAUCAGAUAGGCCUCGCCCAGAGGAUUGAAAAGCAUGAGCUUCUUGAGAUGAGACGUAUCGCUGCAUAUAUCUACAAGAAAGCAGGAAGAUGGAAGCAAUCCAUUGCACUAUCGAAGAAGGACAACCUAUACAAAGAUGCAAUGGAGACAUGUUCACAGUCUGGUGAUCGUGAACUUUCUGAAGAGCUGCUUGUUUAUUUUAUCGAAAAGGGAAAGAAGGAAUGCUUUUCUUCAUGUCUUUUUAUUUGUUAUGACUUGAUCCGUCCUGAUGUUGCCCUUGAGCUUGCCUGGAUGAACAAUAUGCUGGAUUUUGCUUUUCCAUACCUCUUGCAGUUUAUUCGUGAGUAUACUAGCAAGGUUGAUGAACUUAUUAAAGAUAAGAUUGAAGCACAGAAUGAAGUGAAAGUUAAAGAAAAAGAGGAAAAGGAUUUGGUUACUCAGCAGAAUAUGUAUGCACAGUUGCUACCCCUUGCACUGCCAGCUCCACCAAUACCUGGUGUGGGUGCUACUGGCAUGGGUGGACCUUAUCCAGCUCCACCACCUAUGGCUGGUAUGGGGAUGCCCCCGGUGCCGCCAUUUGGUAUGCCCCCAAUGGGAACGUACUGAAAGAACAUUGUAGGAGAGUGUUUACCAGGAAGAAUCCAGGGUAUGUUGGGCACAUAUCUUCAUAAUGCCAUUAUCUUGUCAAUCUCUUUGUUUAUUCCAGGCAUUUUGUGAUUAUGUGGAGCUCCGCAUUAAGUUUCUGUAUGAAUUAUGCUUUCGAGAACAGAGGAUGGACGGUAGCUGGAUGGCAUAAGUAUAGGUUUUCAUGUUAUUUAGCAUUUCUAGGCUUACUUUGUGUACAUAAUAAGUGAAAUAGCAGUUGUACGCUUUUCUCGCAGGUUGAAUUUCUUGAGGUUGUAUGAGAUAGCUCGUCUGUAUAUCUUUCAUGGAUCUUGUAAGGUGCCUAUGAAAUAACGUUCUGACUGGUGCUCAUCUGCAAGUAGUUUAUAGCAAAUAGACUUCUCUGGACUCUCAUUCACUGUUUGCUUAUAAAUUUGAGCCAGUAUUUGAGGAAUGUGUGAUUUUAAUAUCGGAGUGGAGCCAUGGAUUUGGUUUCAUGGCUCGAUGUGUCACAUGUCCACGUAUGUUCAUCGUGGAGUUGAUCA